AUGGACUACCAAACCUACCAGCUCGGCGACUUCAAGCUCGUCAGCGGCGAGACCCUCCCCAACGCCUUCAUCGCGUACAAGACCAUCGGCGACCCCUCCCGCCCGGCCAUCAUCUACCCGUCCUGGUUCAGCGGCGCCAUAUCCGACAACGAAUGGCUCGUCGGCGAGGACAAGACGCUCAGCCCCCGCAGGUACUUCAUCAUCAUCCCCGCCAUGUUCGGCAACGGCCAGUCCAGCAGCCCGUCCAACACGCCGCGCCGCCCCUUCCCCGCCGUCACCAUCCGCGACAACGUCGCCGCCCAGCACCGCCUCGUCACGCAGCACCUCGGCGUCCGGCACGCGCGCUGCGUCCUGGGCUGGAGCAUGGGCGCCUGCCAGGCGUACCAGUGGGUGACGCAGUUCCCGGGCUUUGCCGACUGCGCCGUGCCCUUUUGCGGCGCCGCGCGCACCUCGGUCCACAACCAGGUCUUCCUGGAGGGCGCCAAGAGCGCGCUGCUCGCGGCCAAGGGCGCGUCGGCCGCCGGGCUCAAGGCCUUUGGCCGCGUCUACGCCGGCUGGGGGUUCAGCCAGGCCUUUUACCGGCAGAGGGUGUACGAGACGGCGCUGCGGUACAGGUCGCUCGAGGACUUUAUGCAGGGCUUCUGGGAGAAGUGGGCUCUUUCAAAAGACCCCGAGAACCUGCUGCUCAUGCUGGCGGCGUGGCAGGCGGCCGACUGCUCCGACCAGGAGCCGUACAACAAGGACUUUGAGCUGGCCAUGCGGAGCAUCAAGGCCAGGAUGCUCGUCCUGCCGGGCCGGGAGGACUUGUACUUUACCCCCGAGGACUCGGAGUACGAGGUGCAGUGCAUGUCGGAGGGGGUCGGCAAGUGCAUUCCGUUUCCGUCCAUCUGGGGACACUGGGCGGGCGGGCCGGGACUGAACCCGGAGGAUCUAGAGUGGCUCGACAACAAGCUGAGGGUGUUUUUGGAAGAUGAAACGACCUCGAUGAGCCAGGUGAGCGUGACCAAGUGA